AUGUCGGUUCUCGUCCGAACUACGAGGAGCCUCGGCCGAACCUUCUUCGUACGAGCUGCAAUAUGUGUUAGUGGUAAGGGCCGUUUUCCCGGGACGGGGCCGGCGCCGUGGGGGCCGAUUGCUGGUCCUGUGCCGAUCCAACGGCAAGUUUUCGCCGGGUUGCAAACGCAAACAAGAUUUUUAUCAUCUGGUUCUGCCGCCCUGUUUCACGAAGACACUAUUUAUGCUUUGUCGACAGCUCAAGGCCGGGGUGGCAUUGCAGUAAUACGCAUAUCUGGCCCAGGAUGUAAAAAUGUGUAUAAAGGGUUGUGCCCGGAGAAGCCUCUACCAAAACCCAGGUAUGCUGCAGUCAGAACCCUGACGGACAGCCAGGCAGGCGAGAAUGCAUCCAUUCUGGACUCUGAUGCUCUAGUCCUGUACUUUCCGGGACCCAAGACAGUAACUGGAGAAGAUGUCCUCGAGCUUCACGUGCAUGGCGGCCCGGCAACAGUCAAAGCAGUCCUCGCGGCAAUCCCCAAGUGUACUUCAGAGGGCAAGAUUCGCUACGCCGAACCAGGAGAGUUUACCAGGCGAGCCUUUCUAAACGACAGAAUCGACCUGGCGCAGGUUGAAUCCCUGGGCGACACUUUGGCCGCCGACACGGAGCAGCAACGGAGGGUGGCUGUCCGCGGCAAUUCGGGCGUCCUGGGGCGAACUUACGAGGGUUGGCGCGAGCAGCUCCUGCUAGCUCGCGGUGAGAUUGAAGCUCUCAUUGACUUUUCGGAAGACCAGCAUUUUGACGAGUCUCCGUCGGACCUGAUGAGCAAUGUUAGUGUCCUGGUGGCUGAUAUGCGGCAGAGCAUACUUCGCCACGAGGCAGCGAGCCAACGCAGCGAACUACUUCGCAACGGCAUUCGCAUCGCCCUUCUAGGGCCGCCGAAUGUCGGGAAGAGCUCCUUGAUGAACCUUAUUGUGGGACGGGAGGCAUCCAUUGUGUCUAUGGAGGCGGGAACAACUCGUGAUAUCGUAGAGGUUAGCCUCGAUAUUCGAGGUUAUCUGUGCUCGUUUGCAGACACGGCCGGCAUCAGAACGAGGUCUUUGGUGGCGCCAGGAGACGACCCUUCAGAGCCCGCACUAGGUCUGGUUGAGGAGGAGGGCAUCCGCCGCGCGAAACAGAAGGCGGCAGAAUCAGACAUCAUCGUCGUCUUGACAUCGAUCGAGCCAAGCCGCGACGGUGGGUUCCGGAUAAAUUACGAUGCGGAGACGUUGAAACUGGCGUCUCAAGCCCGGGCAUGUCUUGUCGUUGUGAACAAGAGGGAUGCAGUGGAUGACACCACAUUCUCCAGCCUCAUCGAACAACUCCGAAGCGAGAUCAAGGCUCGCGUGCCAGGCAUGAACAAAAUCGAGCCCAUCGCAAUUUCGUGUCGCGAGGCCCAAGCCAAGUCUAUAAAUCAUAAAGAUCCGGGCGCCAUCAACGGGCUUACCGACCAGCUCGUGCAGUCAUUCGCAGGAAUGACGUCCCUGCCUUCCGACCAGCAAGACCUGCUGGGCGUGACUGCCAGACAAGCGCAGCUGCUCGAGGAAUGCCGCGGGUGUCUGGAUGAUUUCAUGGAGGAGGCACACCCGGAGGAGGAGGAGGGGGAGGGUUUGGAGCCGGAUAUCGUGCUGGCGGCUGAGCACCUCCGGUACGCUGCUGACUGUCUCGCCAAGAUCACAGGACGGGUUGAGACGGGCGACGUCGAGGAGGUGCUGGGGGUGAUAUUCGAAAAGAUUUUGCGUGGGAAAGUAAUGAUUGAGAUGCUACCUACACCGGACAAUGAAGUCCUAGUAUAUCUAAAUCUAGUAGUAGUGAAGAAGAGGGAUGUGGGUUGA